UGGAAAAUGAAAAUGGAGUUUUGUUACGCUUUUAAUGUAAAAAUAAUUAAUUAUAAAUUAUGAAGUUAAUUACUUUAAUUUUUGAAUCCUACCUUGGUUAGGAUGGAGAACACUACUCCAUUUCAACCUUGGGCCGUUGAAGAGAGUUCAAAAUUAGUAAAAUCAGAGAGAGAAAUAGCGGAUGACGCGAAACUUCAUCGGGAAAAUGUCAAUCAUCCAAAACAUAGGCAAAUUGCGUCUUACGAUAAAGAAACUAUUGUUGCUUCAAGUAAUAAUCCGGGACCAUCAACUUCAUCGGAAACGAGCUUGGAUCCAGUUACUGGAAAGGAAUCCAAAAUGGAUUCAGGAAAAAUUGCUUCUAUGCAACAAAUAGUUGAAAAUACCAUAAGCCAAGAUGGAAGACAAAGGGUUGCACAAUUACUGGAAGCAGUAGAAGCCCUCAGCGGUGCUGAGAGGUUGUUAUUAUAUCUCCGUUUACCAACUGGAGUUCCCCCACAUGAUCCUUUAAAACAACCUGUUAAUCCAUUAGGUUCAAGAGCAGAGCUUCAACAAACUGUCACCUGGAUACAAACACACUUGGAAGUAGAUCCAGAUGUUUCUCUACCAAAACAGGAUGUCUACGAUGAAUAUAUCGCUCACUGUAUGAGUAGUAACAUGAAACCUUUAUCGACAGCCGAUUUUGGGAAAGUAAUGAAGCAGGUCUACCCAACUGUGAGGCCCAGGAGAUUAGGGACGAGAGGGAAUUCCAGGUACUGUUACGCAGGUCUUCGUAAGAAAGUUAAGCUUGAAGUCCCUCAGCUUCCAGAUUUGGGAGAGUCAUCCAAGGAAGGUCACAUCGGAACCAGCGAACACGAAAGAGUAAUAUGCGAGUGGGCCGAAUCUAAGUUAGGUGUUAAAUUCGGCAGUAUCACGGAGCUGUCCCGUCACGUGGGUCAACUGAUGGUGGGAGCCCGACCUGGACCUUCCAGUGCGUCUCCACCGCCUAUGGCAGUACUUGUACCAUCAGAAGAAACUUCUGGCCCUCAAUUGAUGAAGCAGCUAAAACGGAAGAUACAGGGCACACCGGGAAGACCAAAGAAGAACAAAGCUCAGGAGAUCGUGGAAUCGCCCCCCUCUACCUCAUACGUGCCCUCGGUGAAGCACGAAAGCGAGAUGGACCCGUACUACCAGCAACCCUACGUUUAUGAGGUCCGCCCGCCUUUUCCCUACUCGGCUCCUCCCCGCGCCCACCCCCCCCACGAGUAUCGGUCCGAGCCCUAUUUCGAGCCCUCGUACGCCCCCCGCGACCUGUCCCUCCCCCCAGACCCGGCCCCCAAUCUUCCCAUCAACCUCAGCAGCGACGCCUCCCUCGAUCUGUCCACGGAGCGUAGCGAUUGGCAACGCAGACGCCCCCCCGACCCACGCCUCCCCCUGCCCGGGAAGAAGCUCAUCCUCGAGACGUACCAGAACGAAACGCAGACUUCGCCCCGCUCUACCCACGAGACGUACCUGCCCAAGAAGAUGCGCGCCGCCGAAAUUCUCGGAAAGGCGCCGAGGCAACCCGACGCUUACGAGCCGGCCCGUCCCGAGCCUUUUUUAGAGGAUCCAAAAAACUUACCGAGCCGGUCCAAAAGCACCGCCGCGGCGCUGGCCCGGAGACAGGAGGCGGCGACUCCAAUAGGGGCGAAGGCCCCGCUUAGGAUUCCCACUGACGCUACCCACGACUCUUGCUGCGGCAUCGACGGCAUCAACAUCAAGACGGGCGUCAUCUGCGGCGAGAAGCACUCUGAGAUCCUCAACCGGGAACGCGUCAUAAGUAUCUGCAAUAUAGACAAACACGAUCUCGACGACUACCUCAACGAGAACAACAGCCAGGAGCACGAGGAGGAGCUGCUCAAGUACUUUCACCCGAAAGACGCCGACAGAGAGAACGCGAACCAGUCCGCUUUUUUAGAAACUAGUCAAGACGUCCCGGACGAGCACAGUCAAGGCAAGAACGAGAAGAUUUCCCAGCUCCGCGAAUUGCUCGCGAAGAAUUUAAAGAAUUCAAGCGGGACUAACCCGGGAAAUUCGGAACCCCAAGCCCCGGCGGAAACCUUUCCGGUCAACAAAACCAACGACGCGGACGGCUUCAAACCCGUCAGUUUAGACGAUACGGUGAGGGAUCCAAAUUUCCCCGCCCAUAAUGAGAAUUUAAGUAAACAGUGCAACUCGAUACUGAAUGGAAAUGGAAAUUCGACUCCAUACAAUUCGGAGAAUACUACACAGCUGAUGAAUAUGGGAGCUCAUCUAUACAAUGGUAAUUGUAACAAUGAACCGCAAAGUCCAACGACCAGAACUCAGCAGUACGACUUCGUUCCCAUAUCCGAUGGAUGCCAUUCACCGAGAAAUUUUAAUUCCAAAUCACCAUUGGGGUUCAGUCAGCGAGUCAAUAGUCCGACAAAAGUUUCCAAGCCCGUUAUUUUGAGCGGCUCACUCCAGACAUCACCAGUAUCCCAUAGCACCGCGGCCAGUCCUUUCGUCAGCCCCAGGAACACGCCAGUUCCCAGAUCGCGCUUAUGUUCCAGACCCAUACCCAAACUGAACGGCCGAAAACGUCGCAAUCCCCUGACAUUGGGAAUGAUCGAUCCCUGUACAAACAACAAUAGACCGUUUGCAGUGCCAAAUGACCAAAAAUUCGUGACCAAAACUGCGUGUAACACGAACGUGAAGUAUUCGCCAAUGUCUGCCCCUCCAUCACCGAACAUUCUUUCCCACUACAAAUACCAAGUGCUCCAGAACUCAGUUCCCAAUGGUGUCAAUAAUGUGUGUCUCUUCGCGAAUUCCUUUCGAGAUAACGUCAACGGGGACAGUGGCCAUCCCCUGUCUGCCGAUCCGUUAUCGAGUGAAGUGAGCCAGUUCUUCCAAGAGCCAAUGGCCAACUAUCGUUCGAACCACGAUUCGACGUUCAGGUCACAAUCGGUGCCCCUGAAACAGGCGAUAAACAAUAUGACACUUCUCAGUUACAAUAACACUCCAGUGGGUUCCGUCCCACCCACGCCGGUUCCGAAUGAGUUCUGCGAUUUCGGCUCCCUAGCCGACUGUGACAUAUCGAGAGCUGGUCUAAACCCGGAGACUUUGGACAAAAUAUACGACGCAAUAGAUAGUAGUAACGAGGUACUUAACGCGGGAUCGACGACCUUACUGAACUCCAGCAGUUUGACCAACGGUUGUGACCCAUUACCAGAGCAACAGAUAUUGACGGAUGAGCAUUUGAACUCGUUCAUACCCAGUGGGGAGUUGUUGGAAAGAGGCGGCCAGUUCACGGAGAGCUUCACGAACGAUUCAUCCAGCGAGAACGUUGAGGAAUAUUUGAAGCGAACGAGCAGUAUAGAGUUUCAGAUCUCCGAGUUGGAGACUGAUAAAAAUAAGUAUUAUACGUCUCGCUCGGUUCCCAGUACUCCGCUUCCGUUCAAACGUGCGCCGGAGUUGCAGAUAGAUUCACGGCGUUCGAGGGAGUUGUUCGCGGCCGAUACGUUCUCUAUGACGAACGGUAUAUCGUCCAAGUCGGUGCCGUCGACGCCGCAGUUGGUCGAAGACAGGAGCAUCUUCAGCUAUAGCAAUAGAGAUUUUCUUAUAAAUGGAAACUCUGUUGAAUUGUGCGGAACUAGCCAGGUUAGGACGCUGGUUGACAGUGACCAAGGCCUCACCUCUCCCUUGGACGUGUUGCGCGAGGACAUUCUCGAUCCGUUGACGCCUGCCGCCGAUCUGUUGGCAGACUUAGAUAAGAUAGACGGAGCACCAUAUGUUGACCUAUAGGGUAACUCUACACAUGUCGUGGUUCGAUCGUGGAAUUGGUCGUUUCAUGAAAUGGCGAACGAUGUUAGUGAACGAAAGUGCAUAUGUAUUAUUCUGGCAUGAGUCUGAUAUAGGUGGAAAUCACUCUUGUCCCUGAAGAUUCAACCAUUUCAUAUGACGAUAAAUUCUCUGUCGGGCCACGCCGCUUUGCCUUCAGUGAAGGUACACUCCCGACAAGUCAAUGAAGCUAGUUAUUUAAGUGAAUAUAUUCCAUAAAUCGUGAAGUAAACUCGCCGUAGGGUCCAAUGGAGUGAAUAGUGGAAUUCGAAGCUCGUGCCUACAAUGUCUCAUCAUCGAAAGUUUUAUAUGAAUAUUUUGUAAAUAUAAUUAUUGGCGAAUCGUGCCAAGCACGACGAAUUUGAUUUCUUUGUAGAUAGUUAAUUGAAAUGAAUUUAUGGUAAGUUAGCACAAAGAUUUAAUAUAUUUUAUUAUGGAUAGGAGUUUUUGAUAUUGGCCACAUGUGAUGUGGCCUGAGCUUAUAUUGAUAUCGUUUUAUUUGAAGCUAAUUUCUCCUUUUUAGGGAAUCCAAAUUUUUUAAAUACAAUCAGUUGGGAAAGAGAUAGUUUGGGCUUCUGUCACAUGAUGUGGUAUUUUUUUUUAAUCUAAAGCGGGAUAUGAAGCGUAGAUUAAAGAGUUCGUUUCUACCGUACUUUAGUCUGUGAGUGUGCCUGGCCAUAUGUUCUUUAAAAAGGGUAACCAUGGCAACGACCACGUUGUGAAGCCAGUCCCACGGUGUGACAGCGUUCUUCAAAGUCGGGGCUAUCUCUUUCCAUGGGGCAGUGCUGUUAUACGCGAAAUCAACCACCUUUAAUUUUGAAAAACCGCCUUUUUAUAUUUAUUUUUAAAUUUUUGGUCUAAUCCACUGAGGUGAGGUGGAAUUUCGGGUCCAAUUUACAAUAAAGGGAUGUAAAGUUGGCGUUUUAAGUUAUUAAUAAAAAAAAAUUGACACGCACUGACGCGAAAUUCGACGCCACUUGAACCACUAAAAUGACAAGCGGAACAGUUUUAUCGAAUACACGAAAACUAUUGCGUACGAUAACUAUCCAGUCAGUUCGUGGCGUUGCCAUUUAAUAUUUGACUAGGUCAAUGGAACUAUGUUUAAUUUUGCGUAAACGCAAUAUUAAUUGUUUUGUCUUGUCUUGCGAUUGUUACGCAGUGCCUAAAAAUCCUUAAUGUUAAUUGGGAUUUUAACAAUGUACAUUUCUAGUACAAAUGACAGCUACAAAGGAAUUUAAAUAUACAACUGUUAGAGAAUGGGAAGACUAUUUGUAUCUAGAUUAUUUUAAAUGAGAUUAAAAUUGCAACAUUGUAUGGAAAUAUGAUAAUUUGUUUUUAUGAUUCUGGAUACAGACAUGUAUGACACAAAACCUGUAACAUAUAAUUUCAAUUCACACUAUUCUCGUUAAUCGAAUUUUUAUCAUAAUUGAGAAAAAAGUUUGGUUAAAAUGCGGGUAGGUACCGACAUUAUGAAUGAAAAACACGUUUACUCAUCUGUGUUUUCCUUGAUGUACACGUGUUAUUAAAUAAUUAUAAGUACAUUUUAAUGUCCUUCAAAGAUAACUGUAAUUAAAAACUACCCUCAAAAUUUUUAAUAAUUAUUUGUUUCAUAAAAAUUCUUCACAAUCUAAAAAUUUAUGUUCCAGGAUUUUUGUCAUACAUUAAAUUAUAAUUAAAUAUGUACGAACAUUGUAUAUAAUUUUUAUUGAUUAAUAUUCAGUAUAAAAUACAGUAUAUAGGUGUUUUGUAAAUACUUUAUUAUAAGUAUAAUAUUAUUUUUAUAGAAUCGCCCAUUUCAUAUACUAGACUGCUGCACACUGGUGCUAACUUUAAUGUACACUCAGAGUCGUAUGAUAAAUUAAGUUAACAACUGAUUUAUGGAAGCAUAGAUAAAAUAUUUUUUUUGCCUUCCAAUUGCAUCUAGUGAAUUACAAAAUAGCUUAAGUAACCGUUAACGCUUAAUCUACGACUCUAAGUAGACCUCGAGACCUAUUUGAUUAAAUGGUUAAGUAACAGCAUGAACAUGUACCGGUACAGGUACCCUCCUUUUUUCGAUAUUAAAUGUAUACGUAAAUAAUUGUAAUAACUCGUGCUGGGGCUUUAAAGUACAUAAAAAUUAGCACUCAUUAUCACUAAUCCAAUUAAAAGUAAUUGACACGUUUUUAUGUACAGAUAAUAAAAUUACAGAUUAUAUUGUUGACAUUGUAACUUGAUUCCAUUUAUGUGUGUAUGUCUCUAAGAUUUUAGUCUAUGUUUCAUUUGCAAAUAUUUAUGUGAAGUACAAAGUUUUUAAAACUUUCGAAUGAACAAUUUAAUUGUAUGUUUUCUGAUUCCUAUGGCAUUGAAUGCCUCUUCAAUUGAAUGAGGUUCCCAUACUGUUGAAAACAGUUAUAUUUCGCGCCUAACACAAAAAUCAAUUUAAAAUGCUUAUAGUCACGAGUACGCCUGCAGCUCCGACUUAUUUAAAGCAAUUAUGAUAAAAAUAUUUUACGUAGAAAGUUGGGUACUCCUUAUAAAAUUGCGGGUAGACGCAAAAAUUCACUGAACUGAUUUUGUUUGUAUAAUUUGGAUGAUACAGAUUUUAUUCAAAUUGUCGUCAGUUAUAAAAGUUUUCAAUUCAGCGCGUUCAUACCCUCAUCUAAGCUUCUAAAGAUGAAAUUUAUAAAGCGUCUAUAACUUAAGAUUAACAGAAGAAUACUUUAUAAAAUUCAACGUUAGAUAUAAACGAAAACGGUGGCUCGUUUAAUUGUGAUUGGUUGAUGUGUAGUCUGUGAUUGGUCUAGGUUUUCGACCAAUCACAAUCAAGGACCGUCUCGCCCGUUUAUAUUAUUUGUUCUCAUUGUGUGGACGCGCUGUGGAUUAUGUACAUAAUUUAAAAUCAUGACAUGUUCAUUCUUGUUUCGUUAUUGUUUUUUAUUCGUAGAUAUUUUUAUUAAUGUACUUUAAGGAAUUAAAUGUAUAUUUUAUAAGUGAAAAUAUCCAUGUUGUUGAUUAGUGUUAUGGAUGUUGAUUUUCACCAUUUGCUAUGCAGUGAUAAUAAAUGGUAUAUUAACGAUU